UAGCAAAUCUCAAUCUCUAAUCCUCAAAUUUUGUUGCCCUCUUUUGUUUGUCUCUCUUUCUCUCUCUCUUGUGUGUGACCGCGAGCGAGGCCAAACCUCUCCCACCGCCGCCUCAAAUCGGGCGAUAUAUCGCCGAAACCUGCUACCGAUUCCCCUCUCCUCCGCCCUCCCUACCCAUUUCCCUCUCAUCCCCUUUCCACGACGAACAAACUCGACUACGAUUUUCUUUUUUGUUUUGUUUUAAAAAAACCGAAUAAUUGGGGUUGGAUACAAAAAAUCUGCCGCUCCCUCUCGGCCGUCUCCUCCCUCCACCGGCCAACCCAGCGUCGGCCCGCGGCCCUUCCUCGCUCCCGGUGCCGCCGGCCUUCCUCUAUAAAUAACCCUCUUCCACCGACCAGCCUCGAUCUCGUCUUCUCGGGUUCGUAGGUGCGUCUCCUGGGCGGCAAACCUGUCUGCUCCUCCGUUUCGCUUUUGAUUUCGGAUGCUGGCCCGCGCGCGAGUUGCAGUGACAGGGUGCAGGGAAGGAACUAUAUGUUAUGGUAAAUGGCAUUCUUCGGCAAUUAUAAUAACACAAUAACUUCUCUACACGACCUGAACUCGAAGGAGGAGGAGGAGGAGGGUGCUACUACUGGUGACUAUAAUUCCUUUGAGAACAGGAAUUUGGAUAUCAAUAACAAGUUCGUGGACACUGACUUGAACACAGAUGAUCCUAACUGUGUUGAGGACUUUGAUGAUGCUCAUAUAGCGCAAAGUGAAAACUCUGAAGGAAAUGCUAGUGUGAAGCUUGGCAAAACAGCAGCUCCUCAUGGUGCAUGGGGUUCAAAAUUUUGGAAGGACUGUCAACCGAUGUCUGAUUCUGAGUAUGAUCGUAACAACAUAGGUAAUGAAGAAUCUGGACGAAACUCAUCUGAAGACUCGCAUGAACAGAGACACAGGAGACUCUCUCAAAGAGGAAAUGUUGAUAUUCCAGCAGAUGAAAUGCUUUCUGAUGAUUACUAUGAGCAGGAUGGCGAAGAACAAAGUGAUUCUGUACAUGGCAGUGGACAGAACCACACUAACAUUUCAGGUUCCAGGUUUCCAUUAAAACCUGUUUCUGUUAACAAAAAAACUGCAAAGAAAUCCAGAGUGAUAAAGGAUGAGGAGUAUGAAGAUGAUGAAGAUUACGAUGAAGAUGAUGAAGACGAAGACGAAGAUGAUGAUCCAGAUGAUGCUGAUUUUGAACCAGAGUCCAGUGAAAUAGGGAAGGGAAAAAGCAAGGAAAAAACAUCAGAAAGCGAUGAAUUUGAUGAUGACAACGAAGAAGAUAUUGAUCUCUCGGAUGAAGAUGACAUUGAAUUGUUCAGAACUCAACGAAGAGGAAUGCCACGUAAGGUUGGAAAAACCUCAAAACAUAAAGAAGCAAAGUCUUCUAUAAAUACACGCAGAAAGAGAGCGAGAACCUUAUCAGAUGAUGAAUUUUCAUCUGGAAAAGACUCAGAACAAGACAGCGAUCAAGCCUUCAAUCAGAAAACAAGUAAAUCCUCUCAUUUACACAAGAGAGCUAGAGGCCUCUCUGAUUUGGCUGCCAAUUCCAACUACAAUAGCAGCGAGCUCCGUACAUCUGGCAGAUUGGUAAAGAAGGUCUCUUAUGCUGAAAGUGAAGAAAGUGAUGAUGUUGGUGAGGAAAGAUUGAACAAGACCCAAAAGGAGGACUUAGAGGAGGAAGAUGGUGAUACAAUUGAAAAGGUGCUAUGGCACCAACCUAAAGGUACAGUUGAAGAUGCUAUAAGGAACAACAGAUCAACCCUACCUGUUGUUGCCAGCACUAGUUCAGAUAUGGAAACUGAUUGGGAUGCUGUUGAAUUUUAUAUAAAGUGGAAAGGACAGUCAUAUCUUCAUUGUGAGUGGAAGUCAUUUGCUGAUCUCCAGAAUCUUAGUGGAUUCAAGAAGGUGCUAAAUUACAUAAAAAGGAUAUCUGAAGAAAGAAGGCAUAAGAAGGUCUUGUCACGUGAGGAGAUUGAAGUUCAUGAUGUUAGUAAAGAAAUGGAAUUGGAUCUUCUCAAGCAGUACAGCCAGGUAGAAAGGAUAUUUGCUGAUAGGCUUAGUAAGAUAGAUGGGGAUGAUAUGAUACCAGAGUAUUUGGUGAAAUGGCAAGGACUUUCGUAUGCUGAAGCAACUUGGGAAAAGGAUACUGAUAUUGCAUUUGCUCAAGAAGCAAUUGAUGAAUAUAAGGCCCGUGAAGUUGCUGCAAAUAUACAAGGAAAACUAGUAGAUUUCCAGCGAAAAAAGAGCAAAGCUAGUCUUCGGAAACUUGAUGAGCAACCUGAAUGGCUGAAGGGCGGCAAACUCCGUGAUUAUCAGCUUGAAGGAUUGAAUUUUCUGGUUAAUAGUUGGAGAAAUGAUACAAAUGUCAUUUUAGCUGAUGAAAUGGGCCUUGGAAAAACCGUUCAGUCGGUUUCUAUGCUAGGAUUUCUAUAUAAUGCUCAGGAUAUCCGUGGGCCUUUUAUUGUUGUUGUUCCUCUCUCAACAUUAUCGAACUGGGCACGAGAGUUCAGAAAAUGGCUUCCAGAAAUGAAUGUUGUUGUGUAUGUUGGAAACCGUGCUAGCAGAGAGAUCUGCCAACAACAUGAGUUUUUUACAAACAAAACAAGUGGUAGACAUAUCAAGUUGGAUGCACUGCUAACUACUUAUGAAGUGAUAUUAAAGGAUAAAGCAGUAUUAUCUAAAAUAAGAUGGAAUUACCUUAUGGUUGAUGAGGCUCACAGGUUAAAAAAUAGUGAAGCUUCACUAUACACAAAUCUCUCGGAAUUCAACACCAAAAACAAGCUCCUUAUAACUGGCACACCACUGCAGAACAGCGUGGAGGAGUUAUGGGCUCUUCUGCACUUUCUUGAUCCUGAAAAAUUUAGUAGCAAAGAUGAUUUUGUUGAGAAGUACAAGAAUCUAAGCUCUUUUAAUGAAAUUCAGCUUGCCAAUCUCCAUAAAGAAUUGAGGCCCCAUAUUCUUCGAAGAAUCAUAAAAGAUGUGGAGAAGUCUUUACCACCAAAAAUUGAGCGAAUCCUUAGGGUGGAAAUGUCUCCUCUUCAGAAGCAGUACUAUAAAUGGAUUCUGGAACGUAACUUUCACAAUCUGAACAAAGGGGUUAGGGGUAAUCAGGUUUCUCUAUUAAAUAUUGUAGUUGAAUUGAAGAAAUGCUGCAAUCACCCUUUCUUAUUUGAGAGUGCCGAUCAUGGGUAUGGCGGAGAUAUGGGAACUAGUGAUAUUAAUAAAGUUGAACGCAUUGCCAUGAGCAGUGGGAAGCUAGUGAUUCUUGACAAAUUGCUGGCUAGAUUGAAAGAGACAAAUCACCGUGUUUUAAUAUUCUCACAGAUGGUUAAAAUGUUGGACAUACUGGCAGAGUAUUUAUCUCUUCGGGGAUUCCAAUUCCAAAGGCUUGAUGGAAGUACAAGGGCUGAUCUUCGUCAUCAAGCCAUGGACCACUUCAAUGCUCCUGGAAGUGAGGAUUUUUGCUUUCUCUUGUCCACGCGUGCCGGUGGUCUAGGAAUCAAUCUUGCUACUGCAGACACUGUCAUUAUAUUUGACUCUGACUGGAACCCACAAAAUGAUUUGCAGGCAAUGAGUAGAGCACAUAGAAUAGGACAACAGGAAGUAGUAAAUAUUUAUCGAUUUGUUACCAGUCGAAGUGUUGAAGAGGACAUUUUGGAACGUGCCAAAAAGAAAAUGGUUUUGGAUCACCUGGUAAUUCAGAAGUUGAAUGCUGAGGGUAGGCUUGAGAAGAAAGAAACAAAGAAAGGAAGUUCUAUGUUUGAUAAGCAUGAACUUUCUGCAAUUUUGAGGUUCGGAGCUGAAGAGUUGUUCAAAGACGAGAAAGAUGAUGAAGAGAGCAAGAAGCAACUUGAAACCAUGGAUAUUGAUGAAAUUUUAGAGCGAGCUGAAAAGGUUGAAUCCAAGGCGGCUGAUGGAGAGUCUGGGAAUGAGUUACUGAGCGCCUUCAAGGUUGCCAGUUUCUGCAGUGCUGAAGAUGAUGUAACCUUUUGGAGUCGUUUGAUUCAACCAGAGCCUCUAGAUAAAAAUGAUGAAGCAUUGGCACCUCGAGCUGCUAGGAACACCAAGAGCUAUGCUGAACAUGAACAACCUAGAAAAAGUGCAAAGAAUAGAAAGAGUGGGAUUGAUACUCGAGAAAGAACACACAAGCGCUCCAACAAAGCUGCAGAUAUGUUUUCUCAUUCCCUACCAAUGAUUGAAGGGGCAGCAGCUCAAGUAAGGGAUUGGUCCUUUGGUAGUUUACCAAAGAAGGAUGCUUCCCAUUUUGUCCGAGCGGUAAAAAGGUUUGGUAAUCCUCGACAAAUUGAUCUCAUUGUUGCUGAUGUUGGUGGUACAGUUGAAGCUGCUCAUCCAGAGGCUCAGAUUGAGCUAUUUGAUUUACUGAUUGAUGGUUGUAGAGAAGCAGUAGCUGGAGGAAAUAUGGAUGCUAAGAGUACUCUCUUAGAUUUUUUUGGAGUACCUGUAAAGGCGCAUGAAUUGUUAAAUCGUGUUGAAGAGCUUCAGCUUCUGUCAAAGCGCAUUGGACGAUAUAAAGAUCCUGUUUCUCAAUUUCGCCUGGUAACUCAGCAUAAAAGUCCACAAUGGUCCAAAAGCUGUGGUUGGAAUUCUGUUGAUGAUGCAAGAUUGCUCCUAGGGAUAUACUAUCAUGGAUAUGGUAAUUGGGAAAAGAUAAGGUUAGAUCAGAGGCUUUGUCUCACAAAGAAAAUUGCUCCAGUUACUCUUGGAGAACGUGAAACAUUUUUACCCCGUGCUCCAAACUUAGACAAUCGUGCUAGUGCACUUUUGCAGAAGGAAUUUGCUACAGUUAAUGCUAAGUCAAAAGUUAAAGGUUCUCGCAAAAUUGCAAGUGGGCCUAGUGCUCGAAUAAAAGAUGUUAAUGCAAAAGCUAGCCUGUCUAAGACAAAUACUAGAGAAAAAGUCCAAGUUCAAAAGCACCACAAAGUCGAACCUCAGGCUAAGGAGGAAGGUGAAAUAUCAGAUUCUGAGCAGGAAAGGUACCAACAGCUAAAGGAGGAAAAAUGGAUGGAAUGGUGUGCUGAUGUCAUGGAGGAGGAGGAGCAAACUUUAAAACGUCUACAGAGGUUACAGACGACCAGUAUAGAUCUUCCCAAGGAGAAGGUUCUCUUGAGAAUUAGAAAAUAUCUCCAAUUAAUUGGAAGGAAGAUUGACAAGAUUGUUCAGCAACAUGAAGUAACAUACAAGCAGGCCCGAAUGACAAUGAGAUUAUGGAAUUACGUGUCCAACUUUUCCAAUUUGACUGGAGAGAGGUUGAAUGAGAUCUAUUCGAAGUUAAAAGAGGAGCCAAAUGAUGGUGUUGGACCAUCCUACCUUAACAGUAGUUAUGCAGCUGUCAACAGUAAUCAGUUCCCUCUUAAUAACGAUCAACAUAGAAGGAAGAAAUCAUCCCAAUUCCAAUCCCAACAUUCAGAAGCCUUUCACCAGAAUCAAACUGCUGGAAAGUCAGAAGCAUGGAAACGCCGAAAAAGACCUGAAAUGGAUAAUCAGUUUCUACUUCAGCCCCCGUCGCAUCCAUCCAUGAUAAGCAAUGGUAUCCGGCUAGGUGAGCCAAUGAGUUCUGCAGGAAUUCUAGGUAAAGGACCAUCAGAAAUGAGGAGAUAUCCAAAUGAUAGAUCUACUAGGGCACAUCCUGGCCGUUUCCCUCCAGGUCAAGGUCACAUGUCAUAGCUCGAUUCCUUUUAUGGAGGUCCUAAAGUGCUAGCAUCAGGUGGAACACCAUGUUGCUAUUUACUAGCAUAUUUUUUUUCCUCGAGGGAAUAAAAGGUUGCCCAUUCCAUUGGAGAUUGGAGAUGUUGCGAAGUAUCUGGUAGUGACCUAAAGGGGCUGCUCGGUGUGCCUGAUUCAUGACCGCAUCUUAUCGUCGAGUAUAAAUCUUUCAUUCUGUGGUUUCAGAGCUAUCGCAAAGGCCAAGAAGCUUCUGCAAGAAUUUUGAUGCAUUUUGGUAAUUCGUAAAUAGGUAGUUUUUUCUUCUUUUUCUUUUGGUCAAGGAAAGGUGCUGAGGGAAGUUCUCAAAUCAACAAACGGGUCUAUACAUGUACUAACAUCUUUUUCAUUGAAAUGUACUGGAUGUUUCCAAUUAUUUAACAUUUAGUCGAUACAUAUGGCGAUUGCCAGAGUUAUGUCAA